GUGUACAAUUUUCCACUCAGUAUAUAUUAGUGUGUGCACGAUGAAGAUACUGUUAAAUCUGUUGCUCCUUGUGGUCGCGUCGUAUUGUCAUCACAAUCACAACCGUGACCACAGACAUGACCACGACAAUGAUGGUUCAGAUACACCAAAACAGCCAAUCACCGUAUCGCCGUAUGGUGAGUUUCAUGGCGGAUACAAUGUCACUCGGCGAGGGCGCAAGUUUGAAACCUACCGCGGCAUACGUUACGCGCAACCACCCAUUUCCAAUUUAAGAUUUGAGCCACCAGUACCGAUUCUAGAAUACAAGAGUCCAGUAGACGCAAGUGAAGAUGGUCCCGCAUGUCCAUUCCGAGCAUUGGCUAUCAAAAACAUCGACGAAGACUGCCUGACUAUCAAUGUAUACACUCCCCUUAAGAAAGACAGAACAGAUCCUCUGCCAGUGAUAUUCUUCAUACACGCUGGCGGAUUCUACUCGAUGACAGGACGCAGUGAUCUGGCUGGACCACACUAUCUCCUUGAUCGGGAUAUUGUGCUUGUGACUAUCAACUAUAGAAUAGGCAGCCUAGGCUUCCUGAGUACUGGCGAUGAAUUGGCCCCCGGUAAUAAUGGAUUUAAGGAUCAGGUGGUCGCACUACAGUGGGUGCAGCGUAACAUUGCUGCAUUUGGUGGGAAUCCCAAUAAAGUUACUAUAGCAGGCUGUAGCGCUGGUUCCACCAGCGUCAUGCUUCAUAUGGUGUCACCGAUGUCCAAAGAUUUGUUCCACAGGGCAAUUUCAAUGAGUGGUUCACCCCUGAAAGUAAGACCCUUUCCAAACGAUUUAUAUCAGUUAGCAGUGAGGCAAGCAGAGAUCGUCGACUGUCCCACGACCAGCUCAAAAGCCAUCGUCGAAUGCUUGAAGAAUAAACCCUGGAAAGAUAUAGGAAACUCCGUUUCGGGUUUUUAUGAAUUCGGAUAUGACCCAUUAAGCAUUUGGGUACCGGUCGUGGAAAAAGACUUUGGGCAGGAGAGGUUUUUGCCAAUUGAUCCUGAGACAGCCAUUAAAGAAGGCAAGAUGAACGCCGUGCCAUACAUCAUCAGUCAGACUCAGGAUGAAUUCUUCUGGAAGGCAUUUACAAUAAUAAGGAAUGAAACAUUAUUGGAUAAAAUGAACUCUGAAUGGGAAUCAAUAGCACCUAUAUCAUUCCUGUUACCGAAAACGAAUGCCAGUUAUACUGCGAACCGACUUCGCACGGAGUAUCUUCACGACAAGCCACUGAAAAAUGACAACGAAAGUGCAAAAAAUCUAGGCUUACUGUAUCAGGACUCCAUAGUGAGCUAUCCUGUUCACAAGUUGGUUAAUUUAAUGAGUCGCCACUCGCCGCAGCCUGUGUGGUACUAUGAGUUUGCCUAUAUUGGCACUAACAGCUAUUAUCAGGAUCUUGCCACUGAAAAACCAUUAGGUGCGGCUCACCACGACGAUCUGAUUUAUCUUUUCCCCCUGAGUCUACGUUUCCCUGCAAUCAGCACCAAUGGCUCGGACUCCACAACCGUCGACAGGAUGACCGGCAUCUGGUACAAUUUCGCUAGACACGGUGACCCGAAUUAUGGCGACCUUCCCGAACUGGAGAAUUUUAAAUGGCCCCGCUUUUUGCCUGACAAUCGCCAGUACUUGCGUAUCGACACUGAACUGAAAGUACAGAAGAAUUUGAAGGAAGACAGGAUGAAGAUCUGGGAGGAACUGUUUCCAAUGUCAUAUUAAUUACGUAUAAAUAAUAUUAUGUAUUCAAUAUAACGGAUGCCGUUAUUGAGUAGUGUGUAAUGUAAAUAUGCUUAUCAUAUGUAUAUUAAAGUAACUUUUUUCAAAAACAUUA